AUGAACAAGAGUAAGGUUCACAGUCAAAGUCAAAUAACAACGGAGACCUUACCCGACAAGUGUAAUAAUGCUCCUCUUUCGAGUUGUUAUAAUAUCGUCUCUAGUGAAAUCAUUGCUGCUAACAGAGAUCUUACGGCUUACUGCAGAGCUGUAGUCAAGUAUAUCAAGUGUUUAGAAGAUGCUACGUGUGAUUGUAAACUAGGAAUAAAUGUUGUAGCUUUGACAGGAUCUACAUCGUUUAAUUACCAACUUUCUGCUUACAACUGUUCUAGUGUUCUAAAUGAAACUUUAAAUGUCGGACCUGGUUUUAACUGCCCUGGCGGAGUUGGUCCUGGUGAUCCGGAAGUCGAAGGUCUGUUAGUUCUCUCAUUAGAGACAUAUUCUAAAUAUCAUGAAUGUGAAAUGGAGACUGUGGUGUCUCUGGAGAAUAGUUGUCCUGGAAUUAAACCCUGUUAUAAAACAUUUAGUGAUGCUGCUGGUAUCGCCCUGUAUAAAAAGAGUUUAGGAUCUUUCUGCAGAUUUUCAACUCACGAGGGAUUUUUAACUAGAAUUCCUGUAGCACAAGGGGCCUUGGUUUAUUGUCCCAUCCAAAUGACUAGACGCUUCUUCCAUGUGAGUCCCCUCUUACUUGCAUCACCAGGUGCAAUCCGAAGGUUUUAUCUCGGCCUUUGUCGGGAUUGA